UGGGCUUCGUUUACUCGAAUCCAUCACGAAACGCAACAACAUCCCUCAAUACGUCACGCGUUUUACAACAUCCUUUGCGUUUCCUUCCCAACCAUGGUUUGGUUCCUCUCUUUCCUUCUCUCACAACACAACACUGAAUCAACCAUACUGUAGAGGAAUGAUUCCAUAGCCUCCAAGAAUCUUCCAAGCACAAACACACAUAAAUCUCCAUCGUUCUACUUCUUCUCAUCACUCAAUCAUUCUUUGUAGCAGAAAAGCAUCACAGAAAUGGCUACCAAUCUGAACGACCCAAAUUCUUCUUCUUCUUCUGUAGUUUCUUUCAGUGAUUUCCCAGAAGAUGUUCAGCUCUGCAUCCUCUCAUUUCUGGGUCCCUCUGAGAUCGCCACCUUCGCCUGCACCUCCAAGCGUUUCCUCUCGCUCUGCACCAACGACGCCAAGCUCUGGUUCACCCUCUGUCACCGAAGAUGGGGCUCCGAAACCCAAAUCACCAAAUGGGGUCAAGGAAAAAUCGCCUUCAAGCUUCUCUACAAUACCCUCCAUGAAUGGGACAACCUCAUCGGCUUCUGGCGCCGCUGCGGCUCCGGCACCGGGACGCCAUCGUUGCUGUUCUUCGAGUGGGGCCCGUCGUUCCUCUCGGGUUCCCGGGUCUCCGCUUUACAACCCGGAUCCUACGAGGUUGCAAAGGUGCCGUUUAUACGGAUGAGUCUAUCGGAGGAAGGGCAGGAAGUGAAUCUGUUGGACCCUGAUGGGCAAGCUGAUUUUGAUUCUGAGAAUGAGUUGAUUCCUGUGAAUUUGAGCUUCAUGGGGAAGACGCAUUUCGUUGUGGAGGAGAAUCAGUUCAGGAGGAGCUCCAGCUAUGCGAAUCUCAGUGGUGGUGGUGGUGAUGAUUGUGGCGGGGCUGGAGAGGAUUUGAUUGGUUCUUCGCCGCCAGGGAGCUUGCCGGAUCGGUUGGUGACGGAGAUUUACCAGCGGUUCGCGAACAGGACUAGUCCAGGCAGUGAGAGGUCGAGGAGGCAGAGGAGGAAGGAGAAGGAGAGAUUGGCUAGGAUGAGGAAAUGGGAGCCUGAGCAUUUUGUCAAGAUUGUGAAUUGCUCGCCCUCGCCGUCACGGCCUUUGCAAGGCCUUUGGAAGGGUAUUUGUGAUGAUAUGAGUUUAGCCUUUUACCUUGUGGCAUAUGAUGACAUUGGGGGCAUUGCCUGUCGCCGCCUCGGGGACCCUCCAGAACGUUUCUCCACUUACGCCCCGGUUUUCUGGACGUCUAACGCUGCAUUUCUAGAAUCCCCUUUUCCUCUUGAGGAAGAAUCUUUGUAUGACAGUCGCAUUCAUCUUCAACCACACAAUGAUACUCACGAGCAGUUUGAUUUCUCUUCCGAUGAAGGGGUAAAUCAAGUUCAACAUUUCCAGUUGCCAGACAUUGAAGUGGUGAAUGGAAUUCUUCACAUCAGCUCAAGUUAUGAUUUAGUUAUUGCAGACCUUGCUGGAACAAUAAAUUCAAGAAGUGCAGAGGGAAGGAUUUGGCUGUACCAUGACGGUACUUUCGGUUUCGGAUUCCUUCGGGACAAUUUUGUCAUAGACAUGAAACAUAUUGUCCAUGAUGGUUGUAUUGUGAAUGCAGUAAAUCCUUCUGCUGAUUAAUUUUAUUCUUUCUGCACUUCAUAUUCAUAGAUAAAUUGGUUAGCCGGAUGUCACCAAUAAAUUGUGGCAUAUUGUAUUUUUAGCUGUGAAAAAUAAUAAUUUCCUUAGAUAGUA